AUGGAAAAAUCUACAAGGUGGCUGAAGGGCUUCCUUGGGUUGAAGAAAGACAAGGAAAAUGUGGAGAAUAAUUCAAAUUACAGUGAAAAGAAAGAGAAGAGAAGGUGGAGCUUUGUUAAGUCCGCUCAGGCUGAGGUGGCUAUUGUGAUACUCACUAGCCAUGGCAAAGGAGGUUUUGACUGGAGCUUCAUGGCUGAAGAUUACAAGUUUUCGACCACACAGAGCACUCCUAGAUUCGUGACUUGUGGACAGGCCAAUAGUCUGGUUACACCAACCAAGAGUGUAUUUGGGGAUGGCUUCUUCAGGCAAUACUCCAAAUAUCCCAACUAUAUGUCAAACACUCAGUCAUUCAGGGCAAAGCUAAGGUCUCUCAGUGACCCAAAAAAUGACCCGACUCCGUCCCUAAGAAGCGGCUUUCGCUAA